AGAGGAACGUUGAAGUCCAGAGGGAUCUCUCCUAAUUCCACGCACCAGGAAACAUGGAGGUUACCACUGCUGCCCACUCCAUCCCCGCCAACGAGGAAGUUGAGAUCGAUAUUUUUCCCUUCUUUCGUAUGUACCGUAGCGGCCGCGUCGAGCGCUUUGGUGGCACCGACAAGGUUCCGCCGUCCCUUGACCCUGCCACCGGCGUUGACUCCAAGGAUGUCAUCAUCGAUCCCUCAACCGGCGUCUUCGCCCGCCUCUACCUCCCACCCACAGCCAACGAUGGAGGUAAGCUUCCCAUCCUCUUUUAUAUCCACGGCGGCGGCUUCUGCAUCGAGUCCGCCGCCUCCCCCGUCUAUCACCGGCACCUCAACGACCUCUCCUCCCUAACCCCCCUCAUCGCCGUCUCCGUCGACUACCGCCUCGCUCCCGAACACCGCCUCCCUGCCGCCUACGAUGAUUCAUGGACCGCCUUUCGCUGGGUUUUCUCUCGGGCCGAUCCGUGGCUUGCCCAGCACGGCGACUUCGGGCGGGUAUUCGUCGCUGGCGAUAGUGCCGGAGGCAACAUCGCCCACCACAUCGCGCUUCGGGCGGCCGCAGAGGGGCUAGCCAUCAAAGGGUUGGCUUUGAUCCACCCUUACUUUGGGGGGUCUGUGCCGGUGGGCUCCGAAUCUGCUGACUCUGGUCGGAUGUGGAAGUUCAUUUUCCCGGAUACAGAAGGGCUUGAUGACCCAAGGAGGAACCCGGUGGCCGAAGGCGCGCCGAGCCUUGCGGCUCUGGGGUGCGAGCGAGUUCUGGUAAGCGUGGCGGAGAAGGAUUUCUUAAGAGAGAGAGGACUUAUUUAUUACGAGAAGCUAAAGGAGAGUGGGUGGCGAGGGGAGGUGGAGUUCGUUGAGACGCCGGAGGCAAACCAUGUUUUCCACCUCUCAAAUCCCGAAACCGAGCAGGCAAAGAACAAGAUUAAGCUUUUGACUGAUUUCUUCAAAAAAGAUUAGCUCUGCUUAUCAAAGCUAUUAUCUUGAUCCUGCUGCCUGAUAUCUUUCUUGUGCUUGGAGUUAUUAUUCGUAUAUCUUAACAUAUCUUGUAUUCAGAUCUUGUUGCUUUACUCUGUAACCGCGUGGCUUGAUUUCUUGUUAUCAGGAGAACAUGGCGCCUAUAUUUUUUAGGUUUUCAUGAAAGCGCCUCAUUAUUCUCCGUCUUUGGUUGCUUGCCUGCUGCAAGAAAUUCCCGCACUUCAUGAAAGAGCCUAUAUAUAUAUUGUGUUAGGUUCAGGAAGGUGAGUUUUUAUGAUUAUUUGUAAAUUAGCAUUUAGCAGGGUUAAUUUGGUCAUUAUUUUCUAUCGAUUAACGUAUUAUUAUUGAUCUAAAUUUUGGCCUUUUUAAAUUUUAAUUAUGAUAUACUAUUUUGGUUUAGUAAUAUAGGGGGUUUCUAAUUAAUUAGUAAGGCAAAUGCUAAGUAUUUAUGUAAUAUUAACAUUUUGUUGUUGCACUCAUGUUUUUUGCACUGGUUGUCUAUGAC